AUGAAAGCCUUAAUUCUUGUUGGUGGUUACGGCACCCGCCUUCGCCCUCUGACCCUUAGUAUACCCAAGCCACUUGUUGAGUUUGGCAACAAACCUAUGCUGUUUCAUCAGCUUGAAGCUCUUGUAGAUGCUGGCGUGACACACAUUGUGCUAGCUGUUAGCUACAGGGCUGAACAGAUGGAGAAGGAGAUGGAAAGUUUACAAAAACAGCUUGGGGUUAAAAUCUCAAUUUCUCUGGAAAAUGAACCAUUAGGAACUGCUGGUCCUCUAGCACUUGCUAGGGAUAUCCUUUGCCAAGACGAUGCUCCAUUCUUUGUCCUGAACAGCGACAUCAUCUGUGAUUUCCCAUUUAAAAACAUGGUUUUGUUUCAUAAAAAUCAUGGCAAGGAAGGAACAAUAGUUGUUACAAAAGUGGAUGAGCCAUCCAAAUAUGGUGUGGUGGUGUAUGGUGCUGAGACUGGCCAGAUACAUCAGUUUGUAGAGAAGCCUCAGGAGUAUGUGUCCAACAAAAUCAAUGCAGGCAUGUACAUCUUCAGCCCGUCUGUGCUGCAGAGGAUAAAGCUGCAGCCAACUUCGAUAGAAAAAGAAGUGUUCCCAUGUAUGGCUGAGGAUGGGCAGCUCUUUGCCAUGGAGUUACAAGGUUUUUGGAUGGAUGUAGGGCAGCCUAAGGACUUUUUGACUGGAAUGUGUAUGUAUCUGACAUCGCUCAAACAGAAACAGCCUGAGAAACUUCACCAAGGUCCAGACAUUGUGGGAAAUGUCCUAAUUGACCCAAGUGCAAAGAUUGGCAAUAAUUGCAGAAUUGGUCCCAAUGUUACAAUUGGUCCAAAUGUUGUUAUAGAGGAUGGAGUUUGUAUAAAAAGAUGUACAGUCCUCAGUGAAGCUCAUAUCAAGUCUCAUUCUUGGCUGGAAUCUUGCAUCAUAGGAUGGAGAUGUGUGGUAGGAAACUGGGUGCGGAUGGAGAACGUUUCUGUUUUAGGCGAGGAUGUGAUUGUUAAAGAUGAACUUUAUAUCAACGGAGGCAGAAUUCUGCCACACAAAUCUAUAGGAGAAUCAGUGCCAGAUCCUCAAAUUAUCAUGUAG